GAAAUGAAUCGGCUGUACGCACACUACUGUUCAGUAAUUUUUUUCUACUAGAUUCCCAUCGUUCAUUGUCUACUUUAAAUUAUCCAUGAAAAUUAGAGUCUCGAAAUCACCGUUCGAUUAUUUAUUUUUUUUUGUAAUAUGAUUAUCAUUUUUACCGCAUCCGAUUAAUUCCAUGGAAUGGAAAAAUUCGAUUUUGUGCCUGUUUGUGGUGGUGACGGCGGCGGAAAAAAGCGCCAAAAUCGUCAAUGGUAUUUACAAACCUCGUGAACCAAACAGGGGCGAGUUUCCAUUCCAAGCAAGCCUAUUACUCAAAAUCAACAACUCUUAUGUGCCAUUUUGCGGCGGCAGUUUGAUACACCCCAAAUGGAUCCUCACAGCUGCCCACUGCUUGGAACAGAACGACCAUCCAAUACCCAUAGAUCUGCUGAAAGUCGCCUUGGGCAGCAUCUACACGGACGGUAAAGGAGCCCAACGAAUUCCGGCCCACAUCACCUACAUGAACAAGAAAUUCUUCGAGGAGGAAGGCCACGACAUCGGCUUGAUUUUGUUGAGGAAAAACGCCCAAUUGGGGAGGAACGUCAAGCCCAUUAGGCUGCACACCAACAACAGGGAGAACCUGAUCGGGACUACUGCUUAUUUAACCGGAUUUGGAAUUAUAGAUGAUCAUUAUCAUCAGCCUGAUAGAUUGAGGAAAGCGAUUUUACACAUCGAUUUUCCAUCGAAAUGCUUCUCGAAUCUAGACGAACAUUCUGAUAUAUGUUGCACUUCGUCGAUUUCCGAAGGGAAAGCUUGCAAGGGGGACAGCGGAGGUCCUUUAACGAUCCGCAGGAACGGUAACUACAUACAAGUGGGCAUCACCAGUCAUUUGGCGAUAUUGCCAGUGUGCAAGAUAAUGUUCAAUAAUUCCGUUUACACCAGAGUAUCGGCUUAUAUCGGUUGGAUAUCGAAAGUAACGGGGAUCGAUUUUUCGACAUUCAAUCAAACCUAAACCAACAUUUCACCUCAAUUAAUUUUAUUUAUAAUUAUUU